AUGAUACCUAAUUGGAUUUUGAGUCUCAAAACUCUUAAUUCCCUUGAUCUUUCUGGCAACUCCUUGGCAAGUCUUGAAGCUCCUCUUCCUAAUUCCACUUCUGCUUUAUCUUCUCUGGACCUUCAUUCCAACAAGCUUCAAGGUGAGGUACCUAAUUGGAUUUUCAGUCUCAAAUCUCUCAAUUCCCUUGAUCUUUCUGGCAACUCCUUGGCAAGUCUUGAAGCUCCUCUUCCUAAUUCCACUUCUGCUUUAUCUUCUCUGGACCUUCAUUCCAACAAGCUUCAAGGUGAGGUACCUAAUUGGAUUUUCAGUCUCAAAUCUCUCAAUUCCCUUGAUCUUUCUGGCAACUCCUUGGCAAGUCUUGAAGCUCCUCUUCCUAAUUCCACUUCUGCUUUAUCUUCUCUGAACUUUCAUUCCAACAAGCUUCAAUCCCAUUUAACCUACUUGGACCUCUCGGGCAACCAGAUUCAAGGACAGAUACCCAAUUGGAUUUGGAUUUUUGAUUCUCUUCAAGAACUAAAUCUUUCUUGUAACUCCUUGGAAAGUUUAGAAGCUCCUCUACUUAAUUCUAGCUAUGUUCUGUCAUCGAUUGAUCUUCAUUCAAACCAGCUUCAGGGACAUUUCCCCUUGUUCUUAAGUAGUAGUUAUCUAGAUUAUUCAAGAAAUAAUUUCAGCUCUAGUAUACCGACUGACAUUGGUGACUUCAUUUCUGGGUCUUACCUUUCUCUUUCAAGCAAUAACUUUCACGGAGCCAUUCCAAAAUCAAUAUGCAAUACAAGGGGUAAUGUUCUUGAUCUGUCCAAUAAUUCCUUGAGUGGAAACAUUCCCCAAUGCUUGACUCAAUCACUUUCACAUGUGGUCAUUGAUUUGAGAAGAAACAACCUGAGUGGCACAAUUCCUGAUAAUUUUCUCAAGGGUUGCAAUCUACAAACUCUAGACCUCAGUAACAAUCAGAUACAAGGCAAGUUUCCAAAAUCUCUUGUCAACUGCUCAAAGUUAGAGGUUUCAAACAUUGGAAACAAUAACAUAGCUGAUACUUUUCCAUGCUUUUUAAUGAGCUUAACCACAUUGUGUGUCCUUGUUUUGCGGACCAACAAGUUUUAUGGAAGCAUUGGAUGUCCCAAGACCAAUGGCACAUGGCCUGUGCUUCAAAUAAUAGAUUUAGCUCACAACAAUUUCAGUGGUGAUAUGCCAGGAAGAUUGUCUCUAACAUGGCAGGCUAUGGUGUCUAAUAAGGAUGAUUCUCCAACUAACCUUGGAUUUUCUUCUGGAUUUUCUUCUAAUCACCGGUGCAAGAAUAAUCCAACUCUUAGAGAAUGUUAUUCGUAUGGUGGAGAAACAUAUAAUAGAGAAACAUAUAUUGACUUUUAUUAUAGAGAUACAAUUACAACUAUCAUCAAAGGUUUAGAAUUGGAUGUGGUUAAGAUUUUAACUAUAUUCACCUUGAUUGACUACUCCUCCAACAAGUUCAACGGAUCAAUACCUGAGGAAAUUGGAGAGUUGAAAUCACUACAUGUUCUCAACUUAUCCGGUAAUGCUUUCACCGGAAAAAUCCCAUCAUCAUUUGGUAAGAUGCGGCAAUUGGAGUCCUUAGAUCUCUCAAAGAACCACUUGAGCGGCCAAAUUCCCCCCGAGUUUGCAAAUCUCAAUUUCCUUUCGCACUUGAAUGUCUCAUAUAAUCAAUUGACGGGAAGGAUCCCAACCAACACUCAGUUUUCGACAUUUCCAAGUACCUCCUUUGAGGGUAAUAAAGGAUUAUGGGGGCCUCCUCUGACAUCGGAUGUAGUAUUGCCGCCACCAAUUUUAAAUGGAAGCUCAAGUGAUCCGAAUUCUGGAGAUGAGAUUGAUUGGGAUGUUAUCUGUGUUGAAAUUGGAUUUACAUGUGGGUUUGGAAUUGUCAUUGGGUCACUUUUGUUUUGCAAAAGAUGGAGGAAAUGGUAUUACAGAGCUAUGUGUAGUAUUCUUUUCAAGAUAUUCCCUCAGUUGGAGCAGAGAUUUGGUAAUCAUAGAAGACACGUCUACGUAAACACAAGGCGUUGA